ACUGACGCAAAAUGGACUUCCUCUUUUUCGAUACGUUCGCGUUCGUGUAAAAUUGUCAAAAAUUUUCACAAAAUAAAUCUUAGCCAUGGUGCGUAUGAACGUAUUGGCCGAUGCCUUGAAAUGCAUUAACAACGCUGAAAAGCGUGGCAAGCGUCAGGUUCUCCUCCGCCCCUGCUCCAAGGUCAUCAUCAAGUUCUUGACUGUCAUGAUGAAACAUGGCUACAUUGGUGAAUUCGAAAUUGUCGAUGACCAUCGUUCCGGCAAAAUCGUUGUUAACCUUACCGGCCGCUUGAACAAGUGCGGAGUCAUCUCCCCCCGCUUCGAUGUUCCCAUCAACGACAUUGAAAAGUGGACCAACAACUUGUUGCCCUCUCGUCAGUUCGGUUAUGUUGUCCUGACCACCUCUGGCGGUAUUAUGGAUCACGAAGAAGCCAGAAGAAAACAUUUGGGUGGUAAAAUUUUGGGCUUCUUCUUCUAAGCAUUGUUCAAAAACAAAAUGUUAAACCACCAUCAACGCUUAAGUUCGGAUAAUUACAAAAGAAAGCGGAGGCAUCGUCCACCACCAACAACAACACACAAAUCUCCAACAAUAUGUGUUUUGCUGUCGUUUGUUUUUAUUUAACAUGAAACAAACUUUUUUUAUAAAUUACAAAGUGAUUUUUGCUUAAUUUUAAGCAUAGAAGGAGGAUAAUAAAAAAAAUUGAAAAAAAGAA